UUCGCCGGAGCGCGACCCGGGGACUCCCAGGCUUGUGGGCGGGCCCUGCCCAGGACUGGGCGGUGCCAGAACCCCUAGUUUAAAAACUCGCGGGUACCGGACCUAAGAUCGGGGACCCGGCGGCGGCUCCGCGGGGGAAACAGCGAGGCUGGCGCAGCGCCGAGGCCGCGGCCCUGGGGGCCCGCAAUCCACGCCAAGGAAUCCCCGAGUUAGCAGGGGUGAGCGCAGUCACUGCCCAACGCAAACCGUGAAGAAGCUUCUGGAAGAGCAGAGGCGCCGCCAGCAGCAGCAGCCGGACGCUGGCGGGGUGCAGGGGCAAUUUCUCCCUCCCCCAGAGCAGCCCCUGACCCCAUCUGUGAAUGAGGCUGUGACUGGCCACCCUCCCUUCCCAGCACACUCGGAGACUGUGGGUUCUGGACUUAGCAGCCUGGGUCUCCCCAUGGGCUUUCCAGACUGGGACCCCAGCACGCAUGCUGCCUACACAGACAGCCCCUACUCUUGCCCUGCUUCUGCUGCCGAAAGUUUCCUGCCUCCUGACUUCUACCCACCCUCGGACCCAGGGCAGCCGUGCCCAUUUCCCCAGGGCAUGGAGGCAGGACCCUGGAGAGUUUCUACACUCCCUUCGGGACCCCCACAGUUCCCCGCUGUGGUCCCUGGACCAUCGCUGGAGGCGGCCCGAGCUCACAUACUGGCUUUGGGGCCACAGCAGCUGCUGGCCCAGGAUGAGGAGGGGGACACGCUCCUUCACCUGUUUGCGGCUCGGGGGCUGCGCUGGGCGGCGUACGCUGCGGCUGAGGUGCUCCAGGUGUACCGGCGUCUUGACAUUCGUGAGCAUAAGGGCAAGACCCCUCUCCUGGUGGCGGCUGCUGCCAACCAGCCCCUGAUUGUGGAGGAUCUGCUGAACCUGGGAGCAGAGCCCAACGCCACUGACCAUCAGGGACGUUCGGUCUUGCACGUGGCCGCUACCUACGGGCUCCCAGGAGUUCUCUUGGCUGUGCUUAACUCCGGGGUCCAGGUUGACCUGGAAGCCAGAGACUUCGAGGGCCUCACCCCGCUCCACACGGCCAUCCUGGCCCUUAACGUUGCUAUGCGCCCUUCUGACCUCUGCCCCCGGGUGCUGAGCACGCAGGCCCGAGACAGACUGGAUUGUGUCCACAUGUUGCUGCAAAUGGGUGCUAAUCACACCAGCCAGGAGAUCAAGAGCAACAAGACAGUUCUGCACUUGGCCGUGCAGGCUGCCAACCCCACUCUGGUUCAGCUGCUGCUGGAGCUGCCCCGGGGAGACCUGCGGACCUUUGUCAACAUGAAGGCCCACGGGAACACAGCCCUCCACAUGGCGGCUGCCCUGCCCCCUGGGCCGGCCCAGGAGGCCAUCGUGCGGCACCUGUUGGCAGCUGGGGCGGACCCCACACUGCGCAACCUGGAGAAUGAGCAGCCUGUUCACCUGCUGCGUCCCGGGCCGGGCCCUGAGGGGCUCCGGCAGCUGUUGAAGAGGAGCCGUGUGGCGCCGCCAGGCCUGUCCUCUUAGGACUCAAACCCAGACCCUGGACUGAUUUUCCAGUCCCCACCGUCCUGCGGGACAGCCAGCGUAUGCUAAUGUUGCAAAACCAUGAUAAUGUAUGUGGAAUAUCCUGCCAUUGGGGUCUUACAUUAAAACCCCAGAAUGGCUGCAGAGGGGUGAACAGACCCCAAUAUUUGGGGUGCUGUGAUACCCCUCUUCUACCCACAAGGAGCCCUCUUGAUGAUUUCUGUGAAAUCGAGGCCCCUUGUUUGUUUCUGUGAAACACCCUGCACCCUUAGUCCUUUCCCCGCUGAGAUCCUUCGGGUUCUCUCCCGUAACUCAGCUCUUCGUUCCCAGAAACCCAAAUGUAAUCCCCCUACGUGGUGCUUGGGGCAUCUCAAUACCAUCUCAGUAAAGCUCCUACGAUGGCCUCCUCGCCCUCGCCAGGACCCACACCCUUUGGGUCCUCACCCUGAGACAGGAGGGACCCUCUGAGAUCAGGGACCCUUAGGUCCCACUGCUCUCUGAUUCAGAACUCAGCUGGGCCCCGUUCCAGACCCCAGCAUUCCUGGUCACUCCCUCCUUAAUCUGGGCAUCUCUCAAGCUCUUUAUUAAAGUCAAUUUGGGUCAG